AGGAUGGCUUAUAAGAGCUGGGUUUUUGCUUUUAUACUAGUGGCAUCAGGAGAACUCUCUGCAGAAGACAGGCUUUGUGAAUUACCUGACAUAGAAAAUGGAGGAAUAGCUCUGUAUUAUUAUAGCUUUAAAAAUUACUACUUUCCAAUGAAGAAGGAUGCAACUCUUUCAUACUACUGUUUGGGUGGCUAUACAACAGAAAAUGGGAGUCAAGAGACAAAAAUAACCUGCACAAUGAGAGGCUGGGUGCCAGCCCCCAAAUGUUACAAGAAAUGUACCGUACCACUCUUGGAUCAUGGAGUAUUCUUUGAUACAAAACCUACUUACAUAAUAUGGAAGAGUCUACAGUACGGUUGCAAUUCAGGGUACUUGACUCCCGGUGGCAGCAGGAAUGGAACUGUACAGUGUAUUCCAGAUGGAUGGUCACUUCAGCCAAGAUGCAUAGAAGCAACUGGUAUUGCUUUAGAGACCUGUUUAGCACCACAGUUGCUUCAUGGUCGCUAUUCUACAACCCAGAAAGUUUUCAAACUGAAUGAAGUACUCCAAUAUGAAUGUGAUGAUGGAUACCAGUCAGCAGGAGGCAACACAGUGGAAGAAGUACGAUGUGGGCCUGAAGGAUGGUUCUUUACUCCAAAAUGUACUGAAACUGGAUGUUCAACACUGAAUCCUGUAGAAUAUGGAGGUCUCCAUCCCAGGAAGGGAAGCUACAGAGGAGGAGACGUGGUUCAGUUUUUCUGUGAAGAGGAUUAUUCUUUAAGAGGUUCAGAGUUAAUUCAGUGCUAUGACUUUGGCUGGUACCCAGAGCCUCCAGUAUGUGAAGCAAGAAGAAACAAGUGUCCUCCUCCCCCUCAACCCCCUAAUACCAAAUUACUGUCCAAUUUAAGAACGUACCAGCAUGGGGACAUGGUGCUUUUGGAAUGUGAGCCUCAUUUUCAAAUCAGAGGACCUGCAGAAGUCCAGUGUGAGCAUGGCAAAUGGACUUCACCUCCCAAAUGCAUCAGUCAGUUGCCUGCUAGAACUGACCAUCGAGAAUUAGAAGAUGUGGACAGAGAAACAAGCAGUGCUGGUAGACCUGCUUUGGAAACUGAUGAGAGUUGUGGAGCUCCACCUGCAGUGGAAAAUAGUUUCAUUCUUGGUUUGUUGUUGACAAACUAUGAAACUGGCUACUCAGUGGAAUAUCGAUGUCUCAGGUAUCAUUUGUUAAAGGGAUCUGGUACAGUUCGCUGUGAGAAGGGGAACUGGACAGAGCCACCAAUUUGUUUAGAACCAUGCUUUGUGGAUGAAGAAAACAUAAACAAUUUCCAUAUAAGGAUGAAAUGGAGGUCGGAUGAAGAACUAGUUUUCUUACAUGGUGAUGUCGUUGAAUUUGUGUGUGAGCCAGGAUAUGUUCUCCCACCUUAUGGUGGACUGCAACAGUUGCUGGUGCAAUGCAACCAUGGCAAAUUGAAAUAUCCAAAGUGCAUUUCCAAAGCUUCUAAUAAGAACUGUGGGCCCCCACCAGUUGUAGAGAAUGGAAUUGCUAUGGAAUCAAUGACAACAGACUCUGCCUAUCACUUAACAGUAAAAUACAGUUGCCAUGAACACCAUGUUUUGCAAGGCUUUAUGACAGUGUCCUGUUUAAAUGGCCAAUGGACUACCCCACCAGUUUGCAUAGAGCCAUGUACCUUGUCAAAGGAUGAGAUGACGGAAAAGAAUUUGAAUCUGGUAUGGAGUUUUGACAAUCGACCUUAUUUCCUCCAUGGAGAAUUCAUUCAGUUUAUAUGCAAACCAGGCUAUUUUAGUCCAUCAAAUUCACCAUCUGAUUUUAGAGUAAGGUGUUGGAAUGGACAGCUGUCAUAUCCAGUAUGCAUCGUAAGGAGCAGAUGCUGUACUAAACAAAAACUUAGCUGUGAAAAAGAAUCACAGCCCCUAGUGCUGGAAGAAAUAAUUGAUAAACAACAGCAGAAAGACCUUCUGAUUUGGAUGAUGCCAAAUAUAGUUUCAGAGUGCAAAGAACCUGACAUUGAUUUUGGAGAGAUUAUAAGUGAAAUGAAAGUUGAGUAUCAAGAACACAACAGAAUACAAUACAAGUGCAGCCCUGGCUACACAAUGGAAGGCUCUGAAUGGAUAGAAUGUGAAGAUCAAAAGUGGAGUCCUCAACCUAAAUGUCUGGCACCUUGCAGUAUCACAAAAAAGCAGCUAGAGGCCAAAAAUCUGCUUUUGUCCAGUGGACACACCCAUUCACAGUUGGUUAAAAAUAACCACACAUUGGAAUUCAUAUGCAAACGAGGAUACAUCUUGAUAACUCCAUCAGUCAGGCAGUGUAUUAAUGGAAAAAUGGAUUUGCCAUUGUGCAUACCAGCUGAAAGUGGAAAAAACUGUAGACAGCCACCUACUGUUGAGAAUGGGGACAUUAGAAAUUUAUCUCAGAAAGAGUACACAUCUGGCUCUCUGGUAGAAUUCAAAUGCCAACAAUAUUAUACAAUGGAAGGAGGUAAAAGAGCAUUUUGUGACAACGGAGAGUGGACAAAAGUGCCAGCUUGCCUAGUGAUAUGCACUGCUCCCAAAGUAGACAACGGCAGCUUCCGUCCUGUACAGAGUCAAUACAGAUUUGAGAAUAUUAUCCAAAUAUAUUGUAACCCAGGAUAUGAACCUGAAAACCACAGUACAACUUCUGAAUGCACCAAAUAUGGCUGGGUACCAUCUCCAACAUGUGUACCAAAGCAGUGUAUCUAUCCCAAUAUAGAAAAUGGAGUACUGUCUUGGGCCAAUAUAUACUACAGAGAGGAAUACUUUCCAAAAAAGGAGGGGCAAACCAUUGAUUUCCGGUGUUAUCGUGGCUUUCUGCCAGAAAAUAAAAAACACUGGUAUAGAGCUACAUGCACCAAGCUUGGCUGGGAUCCAGAACCACAAUGCUUUAAACGCUGCAUUCCUCCUAGAUAUUUGCCACAUGGUCAUGUGACUUAUGCCUCUAAGAAUGCAUUCAUAGAGGGUGAUGAUAUGUCAUUUGAAUGUGAUGCAGGAUAUCAUCCUGAACAGCAGGAAGGAAGAGCCAAAUGUACAAAAAAUGGCUGGUCACCCAUUCCAAGUUGUGUUCUCAUAGAAAUUGUAUGCUUACAUCCAGAAGUAAGUAAUGGCAUGGUCAGUCCUCAUCGCCAACAGUACUCAGAUGAAGACACAAUCCAGAUACAGUGUGAUCCUGGCUAUGAGCCUGAACACCAGCAAGAAACUUCCAAGUGCACUAAGGAUGGCUGGCUACCACAACCAAAAUGUGUCUCAAAACGCUGUAACUACCCAGAAGGAGAGAAUAUAGUAGUAUCUGGAUACCCUUGGCGUUACAGAGAUUUCUACUUUCCAAAAAGGGAGGGAGCUUACAUUGACACUAAAUGCAACAAUGGCUUCUUGCCAGCAAAUAAAGAGAUCUGGCAACGUUCGACAUGCACUAAAUCUGGAUGGAAUCCAGAACCAAAAUGCUUUAAAAUACCUACCUGUGAAAGCAAACCUCUACUUAAUGGCUUUUUCACUGACCGAAAGGACCAGUUUGCUCUCAAUGAGAGAACAAGAUAUAGUUGUCAGAUUGGUUUCACAACUCGGGAAGGACAUGAAGAGGGAGAGACACAGUGCCUUAGAGGAGGAUGGUCACCGAAGCCAGAGUGUAUCACUGCUGAAGGAAACUGCAGCCAUCCUCCUGUUGUUCAAAAUGGUGACUUCCUUAACUCUGUUCAGAUGCAAUAUCCACCAGGCACAAUACUGCAAUAUAAAUGUCAAAACUUGUAUUUAAUGAAUGGAGCUUCUGAAGUACGUUGUGAAAAUGGUCUUUGGACUGAACCUCCAACGUGCAUAGAGGCUUGUACAGUAAGUGAAGAAGAUAUGCAGCGCAACAAGAUUCAGUUGAAGUGGAAAAAUGCUCCAAAAAUAUAUUCAUCAUCUGGCGGUGUAGUGGAGUUUGCAUGUAAAUGGGGCUAUGAGCAAGAUCCAUCAUCCCCUCCCUUCAGAACACACUGUAUAAAUGGGAGGAUGGAAUAUCCAAGAUGUAUCUAGGGCUAUCAAGAUGAAUGACAAAGAAGGAUGCAACUGAUGUUUUUAAGCAAGACUUGUUCUUUAAAACCCUUCAUUCACAUCUUUCAACCACUGCCAUACCCAAGCUGAUUUUGUAAUCAUAUUUUUGGUGAAUGAUGUCUGUAGUUCUUCACAAUAGAGCUUGGCACCAGAAUUGGAAACAUACUGGAAGCUAUACCUGCAACUUUUAUCAUCAUACUAACAUGGUGGUUAACCACUACAUCUGGUCCAAAGGUGCACAGUGGAAAACAUUACACAUAUAUAGCUAUAAAAGAAAGAAAAUAUAUCAGCAGUCAACAAAGCAAUAUGUUUCUGACUCUAUAAAGUAAAUAUCAAUGAGAACUAGGCAUCUUUUUCAGAAUAUGCUGGCCGUGUAUAGAUGGAAUGGAUUUUUUUAUUAACCCGCAGAUUCUGCCUUCUUAGAUGUUUGUCUUUAUUGGUAAAUAAAAAGUGUAUAGUUUU